AUGAAAUUUAUAUCGAUUUCUUCAUAUCUAUCAUUUAAAUUAUCUAUCAAUUUAUCUACUGGCCUUUAUCUAUUUAUAUCUAUUCCUCUGUUCCUCUCUAGAUACGUAUCUCAAUUUCUUCCUCUCUAUCUCAGUCCGUACCGAGCUUUUUUAUCUGUCUGCUUCCCUUACCAUUCAUUUCAAAUUCGGUUCGCCCACUCGAAUUUCACCAUCACCUACACAUCGCCUAUAGUUCUCUUUCUUCUUCAUUUUCUUUCUCCCUCUUUCUCUCUCAGUUUUUUUUUUCUUCCUUUUUUCAUUUCUUCUUUUUUCUUUUCUUGUUUAUUUUUCUUCUUUCGAUGGCUGUUUCUAAUUUUAUUUUUCUUUCACUUCGUUUUUAUUUUCUUAUACAUUUUCUAUAAACCCUUUUCUUCUCAUAAUCAUUCUUUCUGUGUUUUUAAGCUCCUCUCCUUCCUUCCUUCCUUCCUUCCUUCCUUCCUUUCUUUCUUACUUUCUUUCUUUCGCCAUUUCCUAAUCGCCUUACGCCUUACUAUUUUCCCCUUUUUUACUCUUCUUCUUCGUUUUCUUCUUCCUCUUUUCCUUCUUCCUCUUUUCCUUCUUCUUCUUCUCUGCAACUCCUUUUCCUUUCUCUUCUCUCUUUUUUCUUAUAGAUUUAUCUCUAAUUCAUUCUCAUUUAUUUUAAGUGUUGAUCUUGCUGUUUUGUUAACGUUUCUUUUAGGUAUUCAUUUACUUUUACUGGCAAUCUCCAUUUUUUUUUUGUUUUCGUAUUAUUCUUUUUCUUUCUUUCUCGCAAACUUUCACCAUUUUGUCUCUUCACUUUUGCACUUAUUCUUUCUUUCCUUCUUUCCUUCUUUAUUUUUCUUUUCAUUGCGCUUCUUCUUUAAAUUUCCACAUCUAUUUAUUUCAUCCUCCAUUGGCCGCUUUCUUUUUUCAUCUUCUUUCUUUCUUUCUUUCUUUCUUACGCUCUCUCUCUCUCACUCUCUCUCUCUCUCUCUCUCUCUCUCUCUCUCUCUUUCCUUAUUUCUUUUUUUCUCUUUCUUUCUUUCUUUCUUUCUUUCUUUGUAG